UUCGCAUUCGUUUGCCCACUCUCUCGAUGAAUCACCUGAAGCGGUUUCUCAGUCAGUAAAACAGACGGUAUCGAGAUCCUCAAGAACACAGAGAAGCAGCAGCGCUGGACGAAGUGGAUAUUUCACCAAUAAACAACUGAAACAAAAGGCUACUUUCUGAGAGAUGAACGGGUCAGUCGGGCCGAUGCGUGUGUUGGUGACAGGCGGCAGUGGGCUGGUGGGGCGAGCGAUAGAGCGGGUGGUGAAAGAGGAGAGUGGAGGGAGAGAAGGAGAAACAUGGAUAUUCCUGUCAUCCAAAGAGACCAAUCUUGUGAGCACUGAAGAGACGAGAGCAGCCUUCGAGAGACAUCGUCCGACACACGUUAUUCAUUUGGCCGCCAUGGUGGGAGGACUCUACAGAAACAUGAGACAAAACCUGGACUUCUGGAGGAAUAAUGUGCACAUCAAUGACAACGUGCUGCACACGUCUCAGGAGUUCGGGGUGGUGAAGGUCGUUUCUUGUCUGUCUACGUGUGUUUUUCCAGAUAAAACCACCUACCCUAUAGAUGAGACCGUGAUGCACAACGGUGCCCCGCAUGAGUCUAAUUACGGUUAUGCCUACGCCAAACGCAUGAUUGACGUCCACAACAGGGCAUUAUUUCAGCAGUAUGGUUUGAAAUACACAGCCGUCAUCCCCACCAACAUGUUUGGACCCCAUGACAACUACAACAUUGAGGACGGUCACGUGAUGCCGGGGUUGAUCCACAAGACGUACCUGGCGAAGAAGGAAGGUAAACCUCUGCAGGUCUGGGGUUCGGGUCGCGCUCUGCGGCAGUUCAUCUAUUCUCUGGAUCUGGCUCGUCUGUUUCUGUGGGUUCUGAGAGAGUACGACGAGGUGGAGCCCAUCAUUCUGUCAGUUGGGGAGGAGGAUGAGUUGACUGUAAAGGAAGCUGUGGACGCUGUGGCCGAAGCAUUCGGGUUUGAAGGGGAAGUUAUUUAUGACACUAGCAAAUCAGACGGUCAGAUCAAGAAAACCGCUAAUAAUGCCAAACUACGCAAAUACCUGCCAGACUUCAAGUUCACGCCGUUCAAACAAGCCGUCAAGGAGACGUGUGAUUGGUUUGCGGCCAAUUAUGACUCCGCCCGUAAAUAAAGAUCUUCGCAUCUGAUUGGCUGUGGGGAGUUUGAACACUGUUCAAUGCUGGAAAGCCAAACCAUGACACUUCCAACAACCCUUGAUAAUCAUUAGGAAAACAAAAUCAUUGGACACUGCCACUGAAGAUCAACUUUAAUGUUUUUCUCAAUGUGCAGUCACUAAUUCCAUCAUUCUGGCCAUCUUAAACACCUCUGAUUGGCCAUUGCGUUCAAGAAAUCAACAGAUAUAUCUAUGACUGGCUACAUUACUCAACACUGCAAAAGCGUUGACGGGAUUAUUUAUGUUUGUGACGUAUAACAGCGUUCUCAAAUCGCAUUUUUGAGUAUCUUUGGUACACCUCAGUUUUAAGGAGAAAAUGUUCAGCAGUGGAGAUUAAGCUAAAUGUGCACAUGGUUUGUCUUUAAGCAUAUUAAAAGCAUCACACAGACAUGUAAACAGGGUUAAAAAUUAGAUUUAUUUGGCACAGGGGGUCUUUAAGCAUUUUAUUUGUGCUCUGUACUGUGACUGGUGAUGUACAUUUUCUUUUGUUUUUACUGGUUUGUCAAUCAGGGUAUUUUCUGGGUUUAUUUUCUAAUGACAUGUAGCUACUGUACGUUUUUACAAUACACUUGUAUUUAAAAUAAUGACGUUUAGUGUGCUUUUUCUAUAUGUAUAAUUUUUGGAAUAUUUUAAGGGUUCCCACAUAAUGCGAUUUUUGUUUC